GGCAGGAGGGGUUACGGGUUUUGUUGCCGCGUUAGGAGCGGGGGAGGAUGGUGGUUGAAAUGUCCCGUCUGAGGUGGGUCUGAGGCUGCCCCCCUGCAUGGACUCUAGGUGCUCGGGGUAACCCUGCGACAGAGACUGGCCAGGGACAAACGCUUCUUGGUCGGGGCCGGGGCGGGGGCGUGGGGCGGAGUGAGGAGAUGAGGAAAGAAGAUCCGGAGCUCGGGUUGUGGGCGGUGCCCAGGGGACCUCGGGUUAUUUGUCCAGUGCCCCCCCCCCCCGCAGCAGGGUCCUGCAGCGCCCACUGGAGCUGGAAGGGGUCCAGGAGCAGGAGUGGGCAUGGGCAGUUGUCCCAAGAAGGGUCACGUGCUUGGGGAGAGCCUUCUGCACGCCCCACCCCCUCAGCAGGCCGGCUGGGGUCCAGAGCUGAGAAGAAGGGAGGGGUAGGGACGCAGCCCCCUAACUGCUUUUCCAGACCUGGGCCUCUCCCUCGUGUUUUGGAGGCCAGGGUGCCUAGAACUGGCCACAGAGCUGCCUUCCAGCACCGUCCUGGGAGGCCAGGGCGGCUAAUUGCCUGCACCGAAUUGCUGAGAGUAUUCUAGGGGCGGCAGGAUUUGUCGGUGCAGAGCAUCUGGGAUGUGGCUUUAAAGGCAAGUUGAGCAGGCGGUCUGCGUACCCCCGUGUGCGCUGCAGAAGCUUCUGGAGAGACGGCUCGGUGUCGCGCCAUCUUCCCUCUGCAGCCUCCUGGGAGGGCUCUGGGGCCACCAGUCAGGAGCGGCUGCCAGGCUGGGCCCGGACAGAUGAGGUGAGCACCUGCGGAUCUGCCCCCAGGGCUAUACCUGCUGCACCAGCGAGAUGGAGGAGAACCUGGCCAACCGCAGCCGGGCCGAGCUGGAGACGGCGCUCCUGGACAGCGGCCGGGCCCUGCAGGCCACGCUGGCCGCCCAGCUGCGGGGCUUUGACGAUCACUUCCAGCGCCUGCUGAACGACUCGGAGCGGGCGCUGCAGGAGACCUUCCCGGGCGCCUUCGGGGAGCUGUACGUGCAGAACGCCAAGGCCUUCCGCGACCUGUACGCCGAGCUGCGCCUCUACUAUCGCGGCGCCAACCUGCACCUGGAGGAGACGCUGGCCGAGUUCUGGGCCCGCCUGCUCGAGCGCCUCUUCCGGCAGCUGCACCCGCAGCUGCUGCUGCCCGACGACUACCUGGACUGCCUGGGCAAGCAGGCCGAGCCGCUGCGGCCCUUCGGGGAGGCCCCCCGCGAGCUGCGCCUGCGCGCCACCCGCGCCUUCGUGGCGGCGCGCGCCUUCGUGCAGGGCCUGGGCGUGGCUAGCGACGUGGUCCGGAAGGUGGCCCAGGUGCCCCUGAGCCCGGAGUGCUCACGGGCCGUCAUGAAGCUGGUGUACUGUGCCCACUGCCUGGGGGUGCCUGGCGCCCGGCCCUGCCCCGACUACUGCCGCAACGUGCUCAAGGGCUGCCUGGCCAACCAGGCUGACCUGGACGCCGAGUGGAGGAACCUUCUGGACUCCAUGGUGCUCAUCACAGACAAGUUCUGGGGCCCGACGGGCGCAGAGAGCGUCAUCGGCGGCGUGCACUUGUGGCUGGCAGAGGCCAUCAGCGCCCUACAGGACAACAGCGACACCCUCACAGCCAAGGUCAUCCAGGGCUGCGGGAACCCCAAGGUGAACCCCCAGGGCCCCGAGCCCGAGGAGAAGCGGCGCCGGGGCAAGCUGGCGCUGCCGGAGAAGCCACCCGCGGGCACGCUUCAGAAGCUGGUCUCCGAGGCCAAGGCCCAGCUCCGAGAUGCCCAGGACUUCUGGAUCAGCCUCCCGGGGACGCUGUGCAGUGAGAAGUUGGCCAUGAGCGCGGCCAGCGAUGACCGCUGCUGGAAUGGGGUGGCCAAGGGUCGGUACCUGCCCGAGGUGAUGGGCGACGGCCUGGCCAACCAGAUCAACAACCCCGAGGUGGAGGUGGACAUCACCAAGCCCGACAUGGCCAUCCGCCAGCAGAUCAUGCAGCUGAAGAUCACGACCAACCGUCUGCGCGGCGCCUACAACGGCAACGACGUGGACUUCCAGGACGCCAGUGAUGACGGCAGCGGCUCAGGCAGCGGCGAGGGCUGCCCCGACGACGAGUGUGGCCGGAGGGUCGGCAGGAAGAGCUCCAGCUCCCGGACGCCCCUGAGCCACGCCCUGCCCGGCCUCUCCGAGCGAGAGGGUCAGAAGGCGUCGGCCACGGGCCGCCCGCAGCCCUGCACACGCCUCCUGCUGCUCUCCGGCGUCCCGCUGGUGCUCUCAGCAGCCAGGCCCCGGUGGCGGUAACUGCCCGGCCCCAGGGCCCGAGGCCAAGGACUGACUUUGCCAAAACCAGACGGUACAGGAAGGGUCGGCGAGGAACCGCGGCCGUGACUGUGCUGGGGGCCGGGCGAGGGGCUGUGCCAGCCACCCUGGCUUUUAGUUUUGUAUGAGGCCCUCAGGUCAGCAGGGAACGGCGUCCCCAAAAGCCAUGCAUUUCAGGGACCUCGGGGAUGCCGGUGCCGUCUCUCGCCCCCAGCUCCUGUGCCAUUACGGCAGUACCAGGGCCUGCGAGGAGGCGGCCCGAGCAGAGUCCUGCCGGAGCGCGAGCCGCGCCUUCAUCUCCCGCCUGCCCCGCCGAGCACCGGGGCCUCCAGGUGUCUGAAAGUCAGGCCCACCCCCAGCGCCCAAGAAUCCCUGAGAGGGCGUCGGGGUUCCCGCCGUCUAGGGUCUAACGGGGCCUUUGAGAUCACGCAUGAACCUUGCCCCACCCCCCCACCAGAGCCACCUCUCAGCUGCGUCUGUGCGGGGCUGGGCCGCGGCUCCUGCCCAUCCACAGGGGACUUCGGGCUGUGCGGACGUGCCACCUGCCGUUGUCCUGCCCCCUGUCUCCACCCAGACCCAGGGCCAGUCCCAGCUCAGGGCGACACAGGCCAGGGCUGCAGGUGACCCCUGGCUGUCACCUGGCCACAGAGAUGCUGGGUGGCUGGUGAAACUUCAGCUCAGGGCCAGCGAGACCCAGCUCUGCAGGCCGGAGGGACAUCCCUUCCCUGACCCCGCCAGCUGCAGGGCCCGGGGAGCUUUGACAGUUAAGGGCUUUUCCAGCCGUGCGUACUCUGCAAGCGCUUCCCGUCCUCUCACCUAGAGCUGCUUUCUCAGCUCAUCCCCAAAUGCUUUUGAAGGUCCCGGGCGACCUUCCGUGGCCCUGGGAUCUGGGCGCACUCCCGCUCACUCAGGCUGUCCGGGCCCCUCCGUAGACCUGUGGGCCCACCCUCCUGGGCCCUACCCUCUACAGGGCCUGGGGAGGGGCUGGCGACAGAGGGAGCCGGGCACAGGAGGGUGGUCCUUGAGGGUCUGGGGGAUGUUAAGCCACCAUGACCAGGGAGAGUGGUCCUCACCAGCCCCCAGGCCCUGAGAAGGCUGCUUCGCGCUGCUUUGCUUUUCCUCACGGGGCUGGGGGGCCCCUGGCCACUGGUUAGGGCUUCUGGGGUGUGUGGGGUCCUGCACUCCGCCGGCAGCCCAGCCUCACAGGCACACCCACCCCAUCGUAACCCUGUCGUGCCUGGGCAGGGGGCUGGGCCUGGGGCCUCCUUCCCUGCGAGUGAGGGCUAGCUGAACUCUCAGGGGCUCUGGGGCAGUGACCACCCGUGUGCCAGGACGGCCCCAGAGCGGCCUGCAUUCCGGCCCUGCCCUACAUGUGUCUCUGGAAGGGGCGGCCCUGCCACGGGCACUGGCCAGGCGGCGGCCAGGCCUGCCGUCUCCUUGUGCUGCACGGUGUCAGCAGGUGACGUGUGUUCUUUGAGUCCUCGUAUGAAUAAAAGGCUGGAGACCGCG